AGCAGAAAAAAAGCAUAUAUUGGGGGCGAGGAACACACAGGUGCAUCCACACACAAGGAAAAGACCCUCUGCAGAGGGGAACUCGGGACUGGGGUUUUAAAACUUCAGGAUAGUUUUCCUUCACCAAUUUAGGGUUUGAAGGAAGCGAGGAUGGUUGUCUAGUCCAGAACUGUUGUACAGGUUGAGCAGGCCUUGAACUUGUAGAGACAGUCUAUCAGCAGGACGCCUGCUGGUGGGAGAUAAAAGCCCGCACAGCUUUUUUUUUUUUUUUUUUUUUUUUUUUCUGGUUUUGCGUUUUUAUUGGGGUUUAUCAUGGGCAGGAGGAACUGCCACCAUAAAGUAUGCCCCUCCCACCAAGCCGGUCCAUUCUAAUCCUCCUCCCGGGCCUUCUGCGACUUUUUCUUUUUCUUUGUGCUGCUCUUUGUGCAGCUUGCAGCAGCCUCAGGCUCCUCAGAAAAUUUCCUUUUCUUCUUAGGGGUGAUGGGGCUCGCUGCCUCUUCGGGUUCACUGGCCACUUCCUCUUUAGGUAAGGACUUCUUUUUCUUAGGAACACUUAUGCUGCUAGAAGCCAUCUCUUCAAGAUCACUGGCCAGCCCGCACAGCUUUUAAGUUUCCACGCCUUUAUCUCAAGUCACGAGAGUGCGGAAGAAGACGGCCAUCUUGGAAACUCACCACCUUUAUUGUCUAGUCAUGGCCUCUCCCUAUCUGUCCAACUCCUAAUCUCACUUUGAUAGGUCUUUAAUGGUACACAAGAAGUCCUUGAGUGUAUGUUUGCUUUUACAACCUGUUGAAGUGUUUUGUUGUGAAGGCGUGCUGAGUUUCACAUAAAGAAGCGGUUAAAGUUCUAUACAUCUGAUAAAUACUAAGCUUGGACCAAGUGCCAUGCUAAUUAGUGUCCUUCCCCUUGCAACCUUCAUUCCAACUGCUGAAUUCUCACUGCCUUAGUGAUGGGGGACUUAAAAGCCCCCAAUCCUCUCCCAGUCUUUGUAAAGAGUUGGUGUCGAGAACCUGGGUAACCUAACCAGUCAGGAAGCACGGCGGGUAGUGAGGCUUCUCCCUUCACACCGAAAGUGGGAGCAGGAUCUCCCCUCUCCUGGCUCGGUCACCCGCGCUGUGUCUAACAGAGACGCAUCCUAGGAGAGCUUCGUGUCUCCAUAGCAACUGGUGGUCCAGGAGCGGAGGCCCGACCGACGGGGCGGGGCUAGGCGGCUGGGGCGGAGCUGAGUCUGUCCCGGGCAGGGCGCCGGCUGCCCCGAAUCACCAGUCCAUUCCGCGAACUGCGCUUGGGCGGCUGGCGGAGAGUUUGAACCCCAGGUAGCCAGAGCUUCUAACCGGAAUGGAGGAAGGAGACUUCUCAGGAUCCGAGCCAUCUGAGGUGACGGAUGGGCAGAACACCAACACCACGAUGACGACCGAAACACACACAACCACUGAACACCAACCGAAGCCCCUUGUGGUCAGGCUCCUGGAGGUGCACAACUGUGAUGAGGAUGAAGAGGAUGAGGAGGAAGAACAAGAAGAGGACCACGAAGCGCCCAAGACUCACAAAUCCCACGAGGCCUCCGUAUCCUUCAAGUCCGUCAACUCCAGUGAUUCCCCCAAGGCCAGCGACCUUCCCCUGUCCUGCAAGGCCAGUGACUUCCUUGGGUCCUCCAAGGCCAGUGAUCCCUCGGAGUCCUUCAAGGCCCUUCAGUCAUCGGAGAGCCAGGAGGAUGUUAAAGAUGACUUGUUUUCCAACGCAGUGAUUAGGACCUCCCCAUCUUUGAUGACCGGAUACCCACCGCAGCUCCAGCUGACUUCCCUGAGAGCACACCCUGCUACCCGUGACCUUGUAAAGAAAUGUUUUUAUUCUAGAAAGAGAGUUCAAGAUCUUUCUAGACCGAAAAAGCAAUGGGGAACUCCAGAUAGGAGGCUGUUUUGGGGAAAUCAAGAGCCCAUUCGCCCUGUUUCUGAGGCUGCUUUGAAAGCUCCGUCGAGCAAGAGAAUCGAGGACCUCGCACAGCCCAGGCUGGUCUCCCGACAUUAUGUCCCUAACAGAGAGAACUUACCAGGCACCCUCCGCUAUUCCGAUCCCUCUCCCCGGAUUCUGCGACUCUCCAUAGCCAAAGGCACAGAUCCCAACUACAUCCCUCCAAAGACUAUUCAAACUAAGAUUUCCUUCUCUACCCUGAGUGCGGUUGCAAGUCCAAGGAUUGUAGACCUUGCCCACCCAAGGAUUAAGAUAGAGGGUCUAUGCUAUGAAAGAGAAAGGAGUGAAUUGCCCAUCCGUCCUGUAGCCCCUGCUGCCCUGCUUGCCAAUCCUAGUGAAAGAACGAUAUUUCUAGCAAAGUCCAAACGUGUUCACGAAGACUAUCUCCCUGUCCGAGAUGCUCGAUGGCCUAUAUCUUAUGCUGCGACUCAUCCUCAGGUGUCUGAGAGAAUCCAGGAACUAGCCAAUCCACACACAAGGAGUCCAACGCACGUUGUAUAUUACGACCCGGAUGUCUUUAAAGUCAAGCCUUCUGCUUUGAAAGCACAUUGUUCCAACAGGGUCAAGGAGCUGGCGGAACCCAUUGUGCGUUAACUGUAGCAGGCCACCCCAGGCAGACACAAGUUAUGUAUGUGGAACGCGAGGCAGAUGUCCUUGUUCCCAGCCUUGGUGUUUACAUCUUACCGAUCACUUCCCAGACACGCGACUUCCUGGAAACACUGCCGUGAGCAUCAGAUGGCACUGUGUGUAAUCUUGUCUUUACCAAGUUUGGGGACCUCACCCAGCAAUAAAAGAGAAAGCAGUGCCUGCCUCAUUA